CCUCUGAAGUGGAGGGAGGAGGAGGAGUGGACGUCUCCUCUGGGAGGCGUCUCCCCCUGGAACCAGUCGGUGCGUCCAUACAUGGAUGUGGGACUUGGCUUUUGGACGUGAAGAGGACGAGGACGUGCUGCAGCAGAUCUGUUCCUCAGAGUCUCUUGGCCUCCCGUCGUCCUACUGAAGUGCCCUUGAGCCGGACCCUGAGCCAGGAAGGAAGAGAGGAAACCUGAGAGUCGAUCCAUCAUGGACGGGAGGCGGCGUCUUCUGCUCUGCCUCAUGGCGGCAGCAUGUUUCUAUGGCAACGCCGCUCAGAAGACAGUCUGCACCCAAGAGGCUGUGGCCGACAUCGUCUUCUUGGUGGACGGGUCUUGGAGCAUCGGCACCGAGAACUUCGAGCAGAUUCGUCAGUUUCUGUACACGCUGGUCAACAGCUUCGAUGUCGGCCCUGACUUCGUACGCAUCGGCCUGGUCCAGUACGCCAACAAGCCACGCACCGAGUUCCACCUGAACACCCACCAGCACAAGGCUGCCAUCCUCCAGUACAUCAGCAAGUUGCCUUACAUGGGGGGCGGCACCGAGACAGGUCAAGGUCUGGAUUUCAUGCUGAAAGAGCACUUUGUGGAGGACGCUGGGAGCCGGGCGAGCCAGGGCGUGCCGCAGAUCGCCGUGGUCAUCACCGAUGGCAAAUCCCAAGACAACGUGCAUUCCCAUGCCAACAGUCUGAAGAAUAAAGGAAUUGUUUUGUACGCAAUCGGCAUCAAAGACGCAGAUGAAGAUCAGCUGAAAGAGAUUGCAAAUGAGCCGUACAGCCAGCAUGUGUACAGUGUAUCAGACUUUGCAGCUCUGCAGGGAAUCUCUCUGAACAUUGUCCAGACAUUGUGCACAACUGUCGAGGAAGCCAAACGGCAAAUCCUGCAGCUGUCUCAAGAAUGUGCCAAAGCCACAGUGGCAGACAUCGUCUUCCUGAUCGACGGCUCCUCCAGCAUCGGCAUUGCUAACUUUCAGCAAGUUAGGUUGUUUCUGCGAAGCGUCGUCACGGGCCUUGACAUCGGCCCUGACAAGGUUCGCAUCGGCUUGGCUCAGUACAGCGACGAAACAUACCAGGAGUUCCUGCUGAAGGACCACAUGGACAAACAAUCCCUGCUGGCAGAAGUGGACAAGCUUCCCUACCGAACGGGAGGCACACAAACCGGCAAGGCCAUCGACUUCCUCCUGUCACAGUACUUCACAGAGGAGGCCGGGAGCAGAAUCAGCCAACGAGUGCCUCAGAUUGCCGUGGUCAUCACAGACGGGGACUCCACGGAUGACGUGACUUUACCCGCGCAGCGUCUGAGGCAGAUAGGAGUCAUGGUGUUCGGUAUUGGGGUGGGCCAGGCCAACCUCAAGGAGCUCGAGUCCAUUGCUAACCGACCACCGCAGCGCUUCCUGUUAACGAUCGACACCUACGACGCUCUGCACAGGCUGACCGACGGUCUGCUGCAGACUGUAUGCGUCUCCAUGGAGGACCAGAGGCAAGCCUUGGCAGAAAGGUUUGCAGACAUCUUCUUCCUGGUGGACAGCGGCAUGAGCCAAACAGAUUUCCAGCAGGUCAGGACCAUCCUCACUCGACUCACCAACCAACUCAACAUUGGAGCUUCGGCCUACCGUCUCGGCCUGGCCCAGUACGGCUCAGACACCAAAGUGGAGUUUCUUCUCAACGCGUACCAAACCAAAGUAGAAACCAGCAACGCCAUCAAGCGUUUUCGCCAGCGUCGACUUCAAACUGGCGAGUUACGCAACCUGGGCAGCGCGUUGGUGUACGCCAGCGGCAACUUUUUCACGAGCGAGGCGGGAAGCCGGGCGGACCAAGGCUACCGACAGUACCUGGUCGUUGUCAGUGGAAAAGACUCCGAUGAUUCUGUCUUUAAGGCGUCACGUCUGAUCAAGUCAGAAGGCAUCAAUGUGGUCGGAAUAAGCUUCGGUGCAUCAAUGACUGAAAUGCGUACUAUCGCUACUGCACCAUACGUUUAUGACAACUCCCUCAACAUAGUGCCUAAACUGAAGAGCAUCGUUGAAAUGGAGGAGCUGCAGACCGACCUAAGUGGAGACUGCAAAGCUGCCAAUGUGGCAGACAUCGUGUUCAUCGUCGAUGAAUCUGGAAGUAUUGGAGUCACAAACUUCCAGCUGGUGCGUACGUUCCUGCACUCGAUUGUGAGCGGCCUGCAGAUCAGCCAGAAGCGUGUCCGAGUGGGCAUCGUGAUGUACAACACUCAGCCUACGGCACAGGUCUACCUCAACACCUUCACCAACAAGGAUGAACUGCUCAAGUUCAUCAAAAUCCUGCCUUACCGCGGAGGUGGCACCAACACUGGAGCAGCCCUGAAGUUCGUCCGCGAGAGGGUUUUCAUCAAGGACAAAGGAAGCAGGAAAGAUAAGGGUGUCCAGCAGGUGGCGGUGGUGAUCACGGAUGGUGAAUCCCAAGACAAUGUGAGCCAGCCAGCAGCUGAUCUCCGUCGCGCUGGCGUCACUGUUUACUCCGUGGGAGUCAAAGAUGCCAACAAGGCUCAGCUGGAACAGAUGGCGUCUUAUCCUCACAAAAAGCAUGUGUUCAUCGUGGACAGCUUUGCAAAGCUGAAGUCUCUAGAGCAGAGCCUGCAGAAAACUCUUUGCCACAACAUCAUUCGCCAGGCAAUCACGGUCAAUACAAGGAGAACGGGCAUCAAAGAAGGCUGUGUACAAACCGAUGAAGCAGACAUCUUCUUCCUCAUUGACCACUCAGGAAGCAUUUACCCAGCUGACUUCUACGACAUGAAGAAGUUUAUCAUUGAGUUUCUUCACACCUUCCGUAUUGGGCCACAAUACGUCCGCAUGGGGGUGGCAAAAUACGCGGAUGAUCCGAAUCUAGAGUUCGAUCUAACCACCUACUCUGACGAAGCGUCUGUGGAGAAAGCUGUGGAAGAAAUUAAACAAAUAGGAGGUGGAACGGAGACGGGGAAAGCGCUGGCAUUCAUGGGUCAACAUUUUGAUAGAGCCUUAGCCACUCGUGGUCACAAAGUCCCGGAGUACCUGGUGGUCAUCACCGACGGAAAAUCCUCCGAUGAGGUCAAGGUUCCUGCAGCGCAGCUGAGGGCGCAGGGCGUCACCAUCUACGCCAUCGGGGUGAAAAACGCCGACAUGGAGGAGCUGGGGGAAAUUUCCGGUGAUCCCAGGAAGACCUUCUUUGUCAAUAACUUUGAUGCCCUCAAGCCCAUCAAAGACGACAUCAUCACAGACAUCUGUUCCACAGACGCCUGUAAAGACAUUCCAGGAGACCUAAUUUUCUUGAUUGACAGCUCUGGGAGCAUUUAUCCACAAGACUACGAUAAAAUGAAAGCCUUCAUGAAAUCUGUCAUCAGUAAGUCAUUCGUGGGACAGAGCGAGGUUCACGUCGGCAUCAUGCAGUUCAGCACUGUCCAGAAGCUGGAGUUCCCCCUCAAUAGAUACUACAGCAAAGAGGAAAUGUCCACAGCCAUCGACAACAUGCAGCAGAUCGGCGGAGGCACCCACACGGGGGAGGCCAUCACGGACGUGUCUCAGUAUUUCGACCCAGCCAGAGGAGGGCGUCCCGACAUGAGGCAGAGACUGGUGGUGAUAACAGACGGUGAAGCCCAGGAUGAAGUGAAAGGCCCCGCUGCAGCUCUGAGGGCCAAGGGAGUCAUGAUCUACGCCAUCGGAGUGGUGGACGCCAACACCACCCAGCUGUUGGAGAUCAGCGGGUCACCGGAUAGGAUGUACACAGAGAGGGACUUUGACGCCCUGAAGGACUUGGAGAGUCAGGUGGCCCUGGAGCUCUGCGAUCCUGAGAGAGAUUGUAAGAAGACAGAAAAGGCCGACAUUAUUUUCCUGGUCGACGGCUCCACAAGCAUUACCCUGCCCAAGUUCAGGAGCAUGCAGAAAUUCAUGGAGUCGAUGGUGAACCAAACCACGGUCGGCAAAGACCUGACUCGCUUCGGAGUCAUCCUCUACUCCACCAACCCCAAGUCCGUCUUCACCCUGAAUCAGUAUUCCUCCAGAAACGAGGUCGCCAGAGCAAUAGCGGCGCUGAAGUCGCCGUACGGAGACACCUACACCGGCAGGGCUUUGGCAUACUCGUUGCAGUUCUUCGGCGACACAUACGGGGGCCGGGCGGCACUGCAGGUGCCCCAGAUUCUCAUGGUGAUCACGGAUGGAGACGCUACUGACCGAAAUGACCUGGUUGAGCCGUCACUGAAGCUGAGAGACAAGGGGAUCAGCGUCUUCAGUAUCGGAGUGGAAGGAGCCAACAAGACACAGCUAGAGAUCAUGGCAGGUCACGACAAAUCCAAAGUUUUCUACGUCGAUAAUUUUGAUGCCCUUGAAACGCUCUACAAGAACAUCAGUCUCACCCUCUGCAACUCCACCCAGCCAGUUUGUGAAAAGCAGAAGGCUGACCUGGUGUUCCUCAUCGAUCAGUCCGGCAGCAUCUCCCGGGAUGACUACUCCAUCAUGAAGACAUUCACCACAGAACUGAUCAGAAGCUUUAAAGUCAGUGAGGACUUGGUGCGGAUUGGAGUGGCACAGUUCAGCAGCGAUUUCCAGCAAGAAUUAUACCUCAACCAGUUGUACACCGAGGAGGCUGUCUCUGAGCACAUCCUGAAAAUGCGGCAGCUCGGCGGAGGAACGAACAUCGGCCUAGCCCUGGACUCCAUCAUGGGGCACUUUGAGGCGUCACAUGGCAGCCGCCGAUCUGCUGGCAUCUCCCAGAAUCUGGUACUGAUCACGGAUGGCGAGUCCCAAGACGACGUUGAAGAUGCCGCCGACCGUCUCAGAGCUCUGGGAAUUGAGAUUUUCGCCAUUGGCAUCGGAGAUGUGCACGAUCUGGAGCUGCUGCAGAUCACCGGCACCCCGGAGAGGCUGUUCACCGUGCAGAACUUCAACAGCUUGGAUCAGAUCAAGAAAAAGGUGGUGAACACCAUCUGCAAAUCCAAACCUCCCAGAGAUCCGAGCGAAUGCAGCAUUGACAUCGCCAUGGGUUUUGACAUUUCUCGGAGAUCUGCAGCUGCUGGUGAGAUGCUGGUGAGUGGCCACACUAAGCUGCAGACCUUCCUGCCAGAGAUCGCACGUUACGUCUCCUCGGUGCAAGGGUUGUGCUGCGUGGGGCCAGCGCCCAUCAAGACCAGCAUAGGCUACCGCGUGGUGACCGAAGAUGGACGCUUGCUGUACGACUUCAACUUCGAGGAGCACAGCGAGGAGGUGGUGAGGAAGGUCAUGACUUCAAACCUGGCGCAGCCCACCUACUUCAACUCUGCUCUGCUGAAAUCCUUCAGGGACAAGUUCAAGACCGAGUCCAGAGCCGGAGUGAAGGUGCUGGUGAUCUUCUCAGACGGACUCGACGAAGAUGUCAUGAGGCUGGAGUACGAGUCGGAGCAGCUGCGACAGUCUGGCGUCAGCGCUCUGCUCGUCGUGGCCCUGGAGGGCGUUCGAAACACUGCCCAGCUGCAGAUGGUGGAGUUCGGCCGAGGGUUCGGAUACAAGCUUCCUCUGAGCAUCGGCAUGCCGAGCGUCGGCAGCACCAUCCUCAAACAGAUCGACACGGUGUCGGACAGGGAGUGCUGCAACGUCACGUGCAAAUGUUCAGGACAUGAAGGCGUCCGUGGGUCCAGGGGCCCCCCAGGGUCAAAGGGCGUUUCUGGACAGAAGGGUUUCCCCGGCUUCCCUGGGGAGGAGGGAGUCGCUGGGGACCGUGGAAGUCCUGGACCCAGUGGAUCUCAGGGUAUCCAGGGUUGUCCUGGAAUCAGAGGACAGAAGGGAUACCGAGGUAUCCGUGGAAACAGGGGAGAGGACGGAGAGGACGGGCUGAACGGGGUCGACGGAGAACAGGGAGUGACGGGUCCAGACGGAGGUCGAGGAGAAAGAGGCCACGCUGGAAACCCGGGUAUCCCAGGUAUCAGGGGGGAGGCGGGGCCUAAAGGACAGCGAGGACUGAGAGGAGAUCCGGGUCAAGCCGGCGCUGAUAACACCACACCAGGACCCAAGGGAGACGCUGGAAACCCCGGUCCACCGGGCAUACCAGGAGACGACGGCCGGCCGGGGGAAAGCGGAAUCUUUGGAAACCCGGGUCCAAAUGGAAGGAGAGGACCUCCUGGUGAGACGGGAGCCUCAGGAGCACCUGGAGCUCCAGGACUAGAAGGCGUGGCCGGGGCCUCGGGUCCACAGGGUCCCAGAGGCGUCAGAGGUCAACCAGGACCCAGAGGAAUCCCUGGACUCCCCGGACCUCAGGGAGGAGCAGGAGCAGCUGGACCUCAAGGAUCAGCCGGACGUCGCGGGGCCAACGGACAGAAGGGCCAACCAGGAGACCCAGGAGAUAAAGGAGUUCCAGGACCAGAGGGGCCCAGAGGAAUGCCGGGUGAGGACGGCAGGGACGGUUAUGGACCUGCGGGACCUGCAGGAGCAAAGGGAGAUCCUGGUUUCCCUGGUUACCCCGGUCUGAUGGGUGAAGAGGGGUUGAUGGGACCUAAAGGAAAUCCAGGACGGAAAGGGAACCGAGGACGAGGGGGGAACUCGGGCCUGUCGGGGGAGUCGGGAAUCUCCGGAGACCCGGGUUAUCCAGGACACAGGGGGUCCAGGGGUCCUCCUGGAGUCCGAGGGCUGACCGAGUGUCAGCUGAUCACCUACAUCAGAGACAACUGUGCUUGCUCUGCUGAUCGCUCUGCAUGUCCGGCCUUCCCCACCGAGUUGGUCUUUGGCCUGGACAUGUCUGAGGACGUGACACCGGUCAUCUUCGAGAGGCAGCGUUCGGCCCUCCUGUCCCUGCUGGAGGACAUCAGCAUCGCUGAGAGCAACUGUCCGACGGGGGCCCGGGUCGCCGUGGUGGGGUACAACACCUACACCAAGUACCUGAUCCGCUUCCAGGACUACCGCCGCAAGGACCAGCUGAUCGAAGCUGUGAAGAAUAUCGCCCUGGAGAGGACGUCCAACAGGAGGCAUCUGGGCGCCGCCAUGCGCUUUGUGGGUCAGCACGUCUUCAAAAGAGUCCGAUCCGGAGUGAUGAUGCGGAAGGUGGCCGUCUUCUUCUCUGACGGACCCACACAGGAAGUGGAUGACGUCGUCACCGCCGUGAUGGAGUACCGUGGUCUGAACAUUGUCCCGGCCGUCAUCUCUCUGAGGAACGCUCCUAAUGUCAGACGAGCGAUGGAGGUCGAUGACUCGGGGAGGUCCAUGUUCGUGGUGCUGGGUCGGCAGCAGAACCAGGACCAGGAGCUGAGGAGGGUCAAGAACUGUGCCAUCUGUUACGACCCGUGCCGGCGCUCAGAGGAGUGUUCCUUCAUCCAGGAUGAGCAGAGGCCUCAGGAGGUGGAGGUGGACCUGGCCCUGGUGGCGGACAGCUCCAGGGAGGUGCAGGCUGACGAGUACGCCGGCGUCCAGCAGCUGCUGGGCUCCGUGGUGGAGCAGCUGGCCGUGAGCCCUCAGCCCCGCCGAGCCGGCAGCCAGGCCCGAGUGGCCCUAGUCCAGCAGAGCGGCGGCCAGACCCAGGCCGAGUUCAACCUGCAGACCUACCAGAACCAGAAACAGAUGAAGACCUACCUGACCCAGACCAUGAGGCAGCAGGGCGGCUCCUCGCUGCUGGGUCAGACCCUGGACUACACCCUGAAGGAGGUGCUGCUGCAGGCCAGCCAGCCCCGCAGGAGGAGGGCUGUGCUGACCGUGGUGAGCACCCAGACGGCCUGGGAAGACCGGGCCAAGCUGCACUACGUCUCCCAGAAGGCCAAGUAGGGGGUGGCGCUGUUCGUGGUGGCGCUGGGCAAUCGCUACAACCGGACCCAGGUGGAGGAGCUGGCCAGUCUGCCGGUAGCACAGCACCUGGUCCACGUCAGCAGACUGAAGGAGGAGGAGCAGGGCUACGUCCAGCGCUUCUUCAGAGCCUUCCUCUCCACCCUCAACAAGGGAAUGAACUCGUAUCCUCCUCCUGCUUUUAAAGCAACAUGUGACAACCUGAGUGGACAAGAUGGAGGACAGACGUUCACCUUGAGUCAGGGAACAGCAGACCCGGGCGAGUUCGAGACGUUUCAGGAGCAGACGGGAGGAGGACAGACUCAGGUCGAUCAGCUGGACGUCAUCGACACUCUGACCCGCGGAGACACACAGAUAUUUGUCUCCGACGCCAACGACCGGUGUCAGCUGGACGCUGAUAUCGGCGUCCUGUGUAAGGACGAAUAUGUCCAGGUUUGGUACUUUGACUCACUCGUCGGUGCAUGUUCUGCCUUCUGGUUUGGCGGCUGUGGCGGAAACGCCAACCGCUUUAAGUCAGAACAGGAAUGUUUCCGGACGUGUGGCGUUCAGAAUCCAGGAUUGGCCGUAGAGACUCACCUGACCAGCUUCGUCUCUAAAGACGCCUGCUUCCUGCCCCAGGACCAGGGCGACUGCCAGAAAUACUCCAUGAUGUGGUUCUUUGACACCGAGCAGAACGAAUGCGCUCGCUUCUGGUGGGGCGGCUGCGGCGGCAACGCAAACCGCUUCAAGACGCAGUCGGAGUGUGAAAACCUGUGUCUGACCAAGAGUCGAUGAGGAGCAGGAGGAGCAGGAGGAGCAGGAGGAGCAGGAGGAGCAGGAGUCCACAGCACCAACAUGUAUCAGGAAAUCUUUUUAGGAAACACGAGUCCUCAAGGAGAAUCCUGACGCGUCGGGUGGAACCAGCUGGACGCUGUGUCAGGUCUUUGGACACGUGUUUGAUUCCUUGAGCACUUGAGCUCAUCAGAAAACUCUUCUACUGUUGGACUAAACAUGGCCGACGUGUCUUCAGGUAUUUUUCUUUUUGUCUCUCUCCAGAUCAGGUGCUAUUGAACCAAGAGUUGAUUGGAAUGAUCGAAGCCUCAAGGCCGACAUUAAAGAGUGUUUCUGUGAA